UCUAACCUGCAAAAGAAAAAAACACUACAAUCUUUGUAGUUGAACAACACAAUUUUUUCUCUUGUAUCUAUAAUCAGACCUGUCUGAACAUGCAUUACCUACCACUCUCCUCUUCUGUCCCCUCUAGCAGAAGAUCAGAUGGAAGUAGAGCAGUUGGAUUUUGAGACACCUCAGCAGCCUACAGUGGAGGAGGAUAAAGUGGCCAAGCAGCCCCAGAAGAGGUCCCGUGCUGCCUUCUCACAUGCCCAGGUGAUAGAGCUGGAAAGAAAGUUCUCCAGCCAAAAAUAUCUGUCCGCUCCAGAAAGAGCCCAGCUGGCCAAGAGCCUGAAGCUAACUGAGACCCAAGUGAAGAUCUGGUUCCAGAACCGGAGAUAUAAAACAAAGAGGAAACAGCUGGCCACUGACCUGGAGGAACUGGACAAGACCUCAUCUCUCCCCAUCCUGUGCCGUGAUGGAGAUCUGAGCCGGAACUCUCUCCUUAGCCUCUACCAGAACUACCACUGUUACCCAUACCUGUACUACUUGGCAGGCUGGCAUCCACCACUGUGGUGAUGGACUGACUUUGAACAUUCCAAAUAUUAAUAUAUUUUUUUUAUAAUUGUGUUUUAUAUGUUGAUUCCAGAUGGGAUGUCUUAUGGUAGCACCACCUAGAAGAAGUAAGAAGUUUAAAGUACCCCUUGGUGAUUGCUGUUUAGGUGUUCAAACAGAGGGUAUGGGUAUAGCCUCAUGUGGCAGAGGCCAGUAGAGAUAUCAGAUAUCCUUUGCUAUUUGGUGGGACAUGUAAAUGUCUUGUCAGCAUGUAUCUCUACUCAAAACAAAAAUGUCAAUCCUAGAUAGACUUCAGUGGGCUAAAUCAUGACUCUCUAUAAUAAUAUUCAUGAGUUGCUCCAUCUGCAAGAUCUUUACAAUGGCAUGCCUGAUUUUAAUGCAACAGUCUCCAGGGGAUUUAACUCUAAAAUCAUUUUUCUCUAAUUAUUCCAUAACUUAUGAUGCAGCAAAGAUAGUAAGAUCCCCUUGCUAGUCUUUGUAACAGCUGCUGUUGCUUCAGGUCUGAGAAUUCUAGUGUGUAGUUCUUAGAUCCUAAAGCCCAACUCCAUAUGAACAUUUUAUUAUAUGCUGGAUAGAACAGGGAAGGGUUAGACCCUCUAUUGUGGUUGUUAUUGCUUUGUCCCUAUUGAGGAAAUUUAACCUCACUCCCUGUGAGGACAGAAAGUGUUGGGAAAUCUCUCCAACAGGAUAUUAGACAAAAAUUAUGGAAGGGUUAGAAUUUCUGGCAAUGAUUUUAUUGCUGCCUGUGCUUUCCCGUCCCAAUUACAACCUCUCCUUUUUAUGCUGGUGCCACAGGAACAAGAAGUAAAGGAAGAUCUCUCCAGUGGGGGAGGGGGGGGGGGGUUGCCCAGUUCUUCAAUCCAUCGAUCAACUUCAGUACAACCAGCAUGUCUGUGUUUUUUCGCCCAAUCACUGCUGGUGGCUAUACCCGAGCAGCAGUAAUUAUUGUAUUCUGCCAGUGGGGAAGGCUCCCCACUAGAACACAAUAGCGCUGCAGGAUUACCCCAGCACUGACUGUGUUGAUAGGGAAAUUGAGAAACUUUCUUUACUUCACCCGUGGUUGAAGGAAAAAACAUUACAAAAUGUAUGGGCUGCCCAAAUGUUGUCAGUACUGCCAAGUUUGGCAUUUAUGGGGCUGUGCACUAUCAGUGCCCCAAGGGUGCCUAAUGCACAACACUAUAGUGCAGCCAUUCUCAACCAGGGUUCUGUGGAACCCUAGGGUUCCUCCAGAGGUGGCUUGGGGUUCCUUGAGCUGUGACUGAUUUACCUCCUGUUUGAUGGUGCCUACAUUGUUCUGAGCCAAUUCCACUUGGAGAAGCCAGUGGUAUUACACCAAUGAUCUUCAUAGUUCUCUGUAAGGGGGGCAUUCUUACCACUACUGUAAAAAAGGGCAUUCUUCUCACUGACCACCAAAGUAAGGGGCAUUGUU